GGCGAGUGCGUGCAGCCACAGGCGUCGGCACCAUGUCUUUCACCGGCACGCAGGACAAGUGCACGGCGUGCGACAAGACCGUCCAUUUCAUCGACCUCCUCACCGCCGACGGCGUCCCCUACCACAAGACAUGCUUCAAGUGCAGCCACUGCAAAGGGAUCCUCUCGAUGUGCAGUUACUCUUCCAUGGACGGUGUGCUGUACUGCAAGACCCAUUUCGAGCAGCUCUUCAAGGAGACUGGGAGCUUCUCCAAGAAGUUCACGCCAGGUACAAUAAUACGAUACGACGAUCUGGUCUCUAGUGUUGCCACACCAACUCUCUUUGUUUGUUGUGCCACAAAACCCGUCCUGAAAAUUUUGUUCUGUAAUUCAGGUGGCAAAUCUGCAGACAAGGGUGAACUGGCGAGGGCCCCAAGCAAGCUAUCAUCUGCAUUUUCUGGUACCCAGGACAAGUGCGCAGCAUGCCAGAAAACAGUGUACCCGCUGGAGAAGUUAACUUUGGAGGGCGAGUCCUACCACAAGAGCUGCUUCAAGUGCUCUCACGGGGGUUGCAUCCUGACCACCUCCUCCUACGCCGCGCUCAACGGCGUCUUGUACUGCAAGAUCCACUUCGGCCAGCUGUUCAUGGAGAAGGGGAGCUACAACCACAUGAAGAAGAAGAGCACGUCCCAGGAUACCAUGCCAGACGUGGCUGCCGAGGAGCAACCGCCGGAACCGGCGCCACCGCAAGAAGAGAAGGGAGAGGACAACUAGGAGCGAACGAUGAUCCGUAUAUAUCACGCAGACUGGAGUCUGCGUCUGUCAAAUCUUUUUUACGACGCUUCUUUAUUCCCUCCCCCUUUUUCUUACCCUCUGUGUGA